AAGAAAAAAGAAAAUCAAAGAGAUGAUUUCAAAAUCGGGUAUGAUUGAGGGAUCUCCAUACGUUUUUACCCUGCUCGAGAAACCGAAACCUGCACCCACUAGAUUCCGCACGGUUGGACGGUGACGCAACCUUUUUCCUCCUCCUCGCACUGACCAAAAUAACCUCAACUAAACUCCCUGUCUCUUCUACAACUAACGCCUUUAUCCAGGGGCAUUUUCGUCUCAACAAACUAAUACUAAUACUAAUAAUAAUAAUAAACUACUUUAAACAAAUAGAUGCAACCGCGUGAUACGUCCUCGAGCAGAGCGCUCGCUGUCCCCGAUCUCCACACUCACCAAUACGCACACCGUCCGAUCCACUUAAACAUCGAGAUCCAAUCAAUUCCGACCGUCGGAUGAGAUCGUGCGUGCUCCAAGCACGCGAUUAGAACGAGGGAUGCUCCGGUAAUUUAAACUAAGAUUAAAUUAUUAAUUAGUUUUUAGAGAAAAAUUUGAAACUAAUUAGUAGUAAAAUACAAGCUUGGGGGGCACAUGCCAUGUGACCCCACCACACGCACCCGCGCGCACAGCUGUUGCUCCACCCCUCUCUCUGAGCUCUCCCCCCUCCGAUCCCCGAUAAAUAACUUGUCUUCUUCUUCCUCACUCCCAUUAUAUUCUUAUAUUUUUAUUAUCUCACUUCUCCAUCAUCGAGCUCAUUAAUGGCGGAAACCACACCCUAGAAACCCUGCAUACUACUACUACUACUACUACUACUACUACUACUACUACUACUACCAGGAUGGGAAGAAGAAGACGAGAGCUCCGUCGCUUCAUGGAGUUCGAUCUCUCUUCCGCGCUGCUGCUGCUGCUGCUGCUGCUAGCGGGAGUUGGAUCGAGCGCGGCGGGGGAUUUGGAGCUGUUGAUCGCCUUUAAGAACGCGCUCCCGAACCCCGUUGUGCUCUCGAGCUGGAACGCUAGCCAGGGCCCGUGCUCCUUCGCCGGGGUCGGGUGCAAGGACGGGCGCGUCGCCUCCGUCGCGCUCCAAGGCGUCGCGCUCAGCGUCGAGCUCCGCGCCGUCGCCGCCUCGCUCAUGGCGCUCCCGAGCCUCGAGAGGCUCUCCCUCCGCGGGGGUAACAUCACCGGCGGGGUCUCCGCCGCCAGGUGCGGGGACCAGCUCGCGGAGCUCGACCUCUCCGGCAAUGUCCUCCGCGGCUCCGUCCCCGACGCCGCCGCCGUCGCCGCCGCGUGCCCCGGUCUCCGCUCCCUUAACCUCUCCGGCAACGCCCUUGGAGGCCCCCCCCCUGCGGGGACGGAGGGCGCGGGUGUAGUCCGCUUCGGAGGCCUCGACACGCUCGACCUCUCCUUCAACAAGAUCUCCGGGGAGGGCGACCUCCGGUGGAGCCUGGCCGGGCUCGGCGGACUCCGGCGGGUGGAUCUCGCCGGAAACCACCUCUCCGGCGGUUUUCCGGGGAUCGGGAACUGCUCGGGUCUUCAACACCUGGAUCUCUCCUCCAACGCACUCUCCGGGGAGAUCGUGGGCGGGGUGCUCGGCGGGUGCGGGAGCCUCGUCUACUUGAACCUCUCCUCGAACCACUUCACGGGUGCUCCCCCCUCCGACCUCUCCUCUUGCUCCUCUCUCUCCUCUCUGUGCCUCUCCAACAACAACUUCUCCGGGGAGUUCCCCAUCCAAACCCUGUCCGCCAUGCCCAACCUCAAGGUGCUCGAUCUCAGCUUCAACCACUUCAAUGGCACACUCCCCGACUCCAUCCCGAACCUUCCUUCUCUAGAACAGCUCGAUCUUAGUUCGAAUAGCUUCUCCGGAUCGAUCCCUUCGGUUCUCUGCCCUAAUCCCGGAUUCAGCUUAAAAGAGCUCUAUCUGCAGAACAAUCUCUUCACAGGGGCCAUCCCUGAAUCCCUUAGCAACUGCUCCAAGUUGAUCUCCCUCGACCUCAGCCUCAAUUACAUCACCGGAUCCAUUCCUUCCUCUCUCGGAUCGCUUUCUUCUCUCCGAGAUCUCAUAAUGUGGCAAAACUCC